GCGGAUCGAGUUGAAUUCUCGACGCGUCGGACUUUCGCGUCUCCCCGAACACGACGGUUUUUGCCGAUUACCACCUUUUCAAGCAUCACAUCGAUAGUAUCAACACGAUGGUGCAAGCAGAAUCCUCCAAAAGUGCCGCUCGCAAUGGCCUGAAGGCUGUUACUGUUGGUGCCCCUCAGGACUACGAAUUGCCCUGGGUCGAAAAGUACCGGCCAGUCUUCCUCGAUGAUAUUGUCGGCAAUACCGAGACAAUCGAACGGUUGAAGAUUAUCGCCAAAGAUGGAAACAUGCCGCAUGUUAUCAUCUCGGGUAUGCCUGGUAUUGGAAAGACAACCUCGGUCUUGUGUCUGGCGAGACAGUUGCUGGGAGAUGCGUAUAAGGAAGCUGUUCUGGAACUGAAUGCUAGUGAUGAGCGAGGUAUCGAUGUUGUGCGGAACCGGAUAAAAGGCUUUGCUCAGAAAAAAGUCACCCUUCCCCCAGGGCGGCACAAGCUUGUCAUCCUGGAUGAAGCAGACAGUAUGACUGCCGGCGCACAACAAGCCUUGCGACGAACGAUGGAAAUCUAUUCUUCGACAACUCGAUUUGCCUUCGCCUGUAACCAGUCGAACAAGAUCAUUGAACCUAUCCAGUCUCGAUGUGCUAUCCUUCGCUAUGCCAGAUUGACAGACGCCCAAGUUGUGAAGCGACUCUCACAAGUAUGCGAGGCCGAAAAGGUGGAACACUCCGAGGACGGAAUUGCGGCCUUAGUGUUCAGUGCGGAGGGAGAUAUGCGUCAAGCGAUUAACAACCUGCAAAGUACAUGGUCUGGAUUCGGUUUUGUCAGUGGAGAUAAUGUCUUCCGUGUUGUCGAUAGUCCCCAUCCCAUUAAGGUCCAGGCUAUGAUCAAGGCCUGUUGGGAAGGAAAAAUUGACGCAGCUUUGGAGACGCUGAAUGAGCUGUGGACCCUUGGCUAUUCCUCUCACGAUAUUAUCAGUACCAUGUUUCGAGUCACGAAGGCGGUCCCCACGCUGUCGGAACACUCCAAGCUUGAGUUUAUUAAGGAGAUUGGUUUCACACACAUGCGCAUCCUGGAUGGUGUACAAUCACUACUUCAAUUGAGUGGUUGUGUCGCCAAGCUUUGCAAGGUCAACAUGAAGCCCCAGCUUUUUGAGGCCCCAAAGGCUUGAAAGCAAAACAAAACCCUACUAUAUGGCAUAUUCUCAUGGUGUUUACCGGCGUUUAUAAAGGUUGGGGAUAUACUGAGGCCUUGAAUUUUCAAUUUGGCCUACUUAUGAAUUCAUGGCAUGUGUAUCGUAUGUUCGUGAUCAAUUAAUUAUCAAGAUUUUUUUUAUAAACUUGCCACUGUUCAACUUUGCUUUCGUUUGGAUAACUUCGAGGCGUACCACUAACUACAGUCCGGCGACCAUAUUGUGAGGUAUCAUAUAAUCUCUUCAUUUAGUUUCCGGACCAGGGUAACUGGCAUCUUGGCUCCCUCGGGUG